CCUUCACCUUAAUUUGUAAUAAGUAACCUACUAAGUACUAACCUCUACUUAUUUCCUCAUCUUUCAUCACCCAGUGACCAGUGUAGAUGUUCUUAUAUCUCUCGUAAUUGAAGCCUUGAAGCUAUCCCUGUUCAUUUGCGGUUCUUCUAACGAUUUAGUUGAAGGUGAUACUAGUCAUGGUUGGUGCUCCUAGCGAGGGGUGAAUGUACAUUAAGUCAACGAUGUCAAUUGACAGCAUUGAAGUUAUGUAUAAAAUUGUAUUCCUACGAAUAAUAAUAUGUGUUCUAGUUAAGUUAGUAGGAAAUUUACUAUUUGAUAGCACUCACUCGGGUUCAAACCUCAAUAAGUACAAUUGUCUUUUUUACUAGAAAGUGGAAAUGAGGCAUUAAUAUCAAUGACAUUUUGUAGACAGCAAACACAUUCAGGUAAUACUGAUUAGAGAUACCCAUUCACAUUCCUCACUCUUCUCGACAUCUCCUUGACUCCUCCAAACCCUCACUGACCCAAACUCCUCCCGUCCUCUGCCAUGUGUUGUCUGCAGCCAUCUCUCAAUGACCGUCAAGUGGCUGCCGCCUGAUUCGUCAACCACUUGUUGCCGCCUGUGCAUCCAUAUUUUAGUACUCUUUUGCUAUGGGAAGUGAAGCUGAGAAGAAAUAUGCUGACUUUCAGGAGUUGGUGAAGCGGACUGUGUACCUUGACAAUCUCUCAAACCUCGUUACAGAUUCAGUUAUCAGGACCGCGUUUGAACAGUAUGGUACUGUGACCAGCAUACAUUUCAUCCCAAAUUACAUAGAUCCAAUCUACAAUGGAAUGUGUGCCCUUGUUGUAAUGGAGAGUGCAAAACAAGCGAAAAAUAUUCUUAACCUGCUGUCUUCUUAUCCAUUCAUGAUGUCAGGAAUGCCACGACCAGUUAGAGGUCGUCCUGCAGAACCAGAAAUGUUUGAGGACCGUCCACCUAAGCCUGGUCGGAAGAUACAGUUGUUUUGGAUGGAUCCAAAAGAUCCUGAUUUUGAGGUGGCUGAAAAGCUGAAGCACCUGGCAAGAAAACAUAUCGCUGAAGAGUCCUUCCUACAAAAGAAGCAGCGAGAGCUGGAAGAAGAUCUCUCGAAGCAGCAAGCUGAGACCCUAAAAGGACAUUACAAAAAGUUCGAACUGAUGGAUUCGGUACUAAAUGAAGGCACCUCAAAACGUCUAGCUAAGCACUAUGGGGUAAACAUCAAUGACGACAAAGGAAUCUGACAUGUUUGUUCUGAGGUAAUGACGGAGUUUGUUAGUUGUGAGCUUCAUGAAUGAUCUUGUUUCUUUCAUGAAAGUAGAAAUAUCCAAGAUCUGAAGGAUAGAAAUGUUCAUAUUAGGUGUUUGAAACAUUACUUUUCAUACCUAUCUACUUGAUGGAUACUUGAAAAUUGGAUGUCUGACAUGCAAUUUCGUUCAAGAUUGCUGGUCUUUUGUUGUACAGAAGUAGUAUUGUAUCGAACUCGAGAUUGUCACUAUUGCUAUUAAUAGAAAUGACCGGUUUCGCACCGAAACCCUUAUUCCCAUGGUUCUCUUUAUACUCAUGCACUCCACUGUAUUGUUUGUACAUGUCUUAAUUUUCUACUUUUUGAUCAAACACGCUAUUCAGAGAUGGCAACAGGCCGGAUCGUAAGGACGAAGAUCCCUAUUUUUUCACACGGCAUGUAUUGUGCAUAUUUGACCUUCAAUUGCAGUUGGAAGUGCUUGUGCCCAUUUUUUAGAGUUAAAAGUAUAAUA